GCCAAGGAAAAGCGAAGAAGAAGAAAAACGAAGCUAUGGAGGCUCUAAGGGUGCUCGAGCUUUACAGUGGGAUAGGAGGGAUGCAUUAUGCUUUAAAGGGUAAGUUUAUCCAUUUAAGGACCCUACGAAGGAUACUUACAUACCUUACCUUACAUAUGUGUGCUGCCUCAGCUGUCAUGUAGCCUCACACACUUGAAUCAAAUACAGGCAACCUGAAUUCUUGUGCUACGUUCACGUGUAAAACCACCUGGAGUAAAAAGUGGUGUCAACCCCAUUAUUGCACGUACAGCUGUUUACACCUCCGAAGAGUUGGCACUUUAUGUGUACCCUACACAACACAACAAUCUUAGUUUUUAUGUCUUACUCUGACUGAAGUAGGCUGAUAAAUCUACUUCCAAAAUAAAUAAUACCACUUUCUUGACCAUGGAGCCUUUUAAGGGACAGUAACAGAAUCUUCCCAACGCUGUUCUUCUUCACAGAGAGUGGCUUACCUUUCCAGGUAGUCGCUGCCAUUGACAUAAACACCACUGCCAAUGAAAUCUACAAACACAAUUUCCCAGACACCCCUCUCUGGAACAAGACUAUAGAGGUAAGAGACAUCAGACUUUAAAUAAACCAAAGUCGGCCACUGCAACAUCUCUUCAAUGGCUGUUAGCAGUUAAAGGCAGCAACACAACUGAUGUAUUUUAACAUCUCAUCAGAGGCUUUGGACUAAGAGAGAGAAAUGAGAUGCACUACGAAAUGCAUACAGCAAUCACAAACUGCACAAGUCAAGAAGCACCUAAAAUGAUUUAUUCUUACUGAAAUGAAAACAAAAUCUAUCACAGCGUGCUGUACAUUUGACAUACUUAAUUCUGUUGUAUCAUGGCCUUAUUCUGAAUCAGAAUCAGAAAAGCCUUAUCUAUUAUUGAAAAAGAAAAUGAUUUGUCUGUCUUGUGGUUUCUUCAGGGCAUACAACUUGAUGACUUCAAUAGAUUAUCUUUUGACAUGAUCUUGAUGAGUCCUCCUUGUCAGCCUUUUACCAGGUAUGUCUAAUGUGUGUUGUUCGAUUGAGAUCCUGAAGGUCGUCGAACCUCUCACUAAUUGUCAGCUUACAGUCUAUUUUUGGCGCUUGACUUUUAAAGAACGGUAAUACAUCAAAAAAAAAUUCGAUAAAUAGGGUUGUUUUUUUUAAAUAAUUUUAAUUGAAACUGUUUUUCUGCUUCUGUACAGGAUAGGACUUCAGGGAGAUAUUGCCGACCCAAGAACGAAGAGCUUUCUCUACAUCCUUGAUCUUCUGCCAAGGUUUGCAGGUGUUUUUUUUUUCUUUGGUUGUUGAUUUGACUGUUUAACCACCUCUUUUAAUCUUUUAUAUGACAUUGUGUGGCCAGGUUGUGCAGGCUGCCACGUUUCAUCCUGCUGGAGAACGUGAAAGGCUUUGAAUGCUCAACUGCAAGGUAAAAACACCCUAAAAUAUCUCUGCUCAUUUACAGUUAAUUACUAUUUUUAACUGAUAAAUUAAACUGUUUCUGGUUCUUCUUAUUUCUCAUCCUUGAUUAUGAACCACCCCAAAUGAAAUCAUAAAAAUAUCAUAAUUAUGUAGUUCAUAAAUGUAAGUGUUGACAGUAAACUGUUGUCUUAUCUUUAGGGAACGAUUGGUGACAACACUUAAGGAAUGCGGAUACAUUUAUCAGGAGAUCAUGAUGUCCCCCACAAGUGUACGUAGACUCAGUUUUCAGCAACCUUUGAUUAUAUCUACACUGUAAAUUAUGUUUGUAUGACUUUCAUUUUCAUGAUUCUAGGUUGGGAUCCCAAAUUCAAGACUGCGUUAUUACCUUAUUGCUGUGAUUUCAACAGAAAAGUCCAGCAGACCGAUGACUUCAAAGGUUAGUUAUCCAUUUUUGGCAGGGAUCAAAAGAUCUGUUUUCUCUAAUUGAUCAUCAGAUGUCUUGUAAACUACAGCUACAGAAAAUGUUCCUUUCCAAGUGCAGUUAUUUUUUUUUAACUUUGAUGGGUUUCUCUACAUUUUAUAACAUUAGAAAUAUGUUCUUCUAAACUUUAGGUUAUCAAUUUCUCCUAGAUCACAGAUGCUCCCUCACGUCCUGCUCAGAAUGAUCCCGUCGUCGAAGGUACUCCCCCUGAGCAACUCCCCGUCUCCGGUCCUGCCAAUCAAGAAACCUGCCCCCCUGCUGAUGACAAGCAGGGAGAUAAUGUCCUGUAUAAACUAGAGACACCGAUGGAUGCCCAGAGAAAGAAGGAUCAGAACAUGGAUCUGUCUGUCAGGCAGAUCCAAGACUUUCUUGAACCACAAACGGAGGUGAACAUGGAGAACCAUCUUCUUCCCCCUAAAACGCUGCUGCGAUACGCUCUGCUUCUGGACAUCGUUCGGCCCACAUGCAGAAGAUCUGUUUGCUUCACUAAAGGGUUGGUAUAUAAUAGCCAUGUUUAUCCGACUUCUGCUGUCAUUAUCUGUAUUUAUCGUCUUCUCACAUCCUGAUCAAACUUGAGACAAUCAGCGUUUGUAUGUGUGUGCUGGAGAACAGGUUUAUGUGUUUAUGAUAGAUGUUCACAUUCUGCCUUUUACUUCAUGUCAGUAAAUGUAAUUUAACUUGAUCACAUGAGCCAAUGACUCGUGAUACAAACUGAGAUUAAAUCUGCUCAGAUAAUCUAAAAACAAUUAUUUUCACCUUAUAACAUGGAUUACAAUCAAGACUGGCCCACUCUGUGUCCUAGAUCGAACUCUAAUCUGGAAAUCUCACAGGAGAAAACGUUCAAACCAUCAUGUAGUAAUGCUGUGGUUCAUGUUGUUGUUCACUCAUAGUUAUGGGCGGUAUGUGGAGGGUACUGGCUCAGUUCUGCAGUCCUGUACGGAAAUAGAGGUGAGUCUGGCUUCAGUACAGGCAUGUUUGAGGUGAUUAUUUCUAUUCAGAGAUAGUAUGAGGACUAGAUCUGAGGCUAUCUAUAUUUUAUAUUUGAUAAAGCAGUAUCUCCACUAAACUUUUACAUUAUUUGUAACACUCUCUCAUUCACACCAUGAUCGCACACUGGUGGCAGAGGCUGCUAUGUAGCCUGUCAGUACCAACUAAUCUGAAACUGGUGGGUUUGUGUUGUCUGCAGAUGGAGAGUGUGUUUAAAGAUCUUGAAGAGUACUCUGAGGAGGAGAAACUCCAGCAGCUGAUGAAACUGAAGCUACGUUAUUUCACUCCAAGAGAAGUGGCCAACCUGAUGGGUUUCCCUCAAAGCUUCUGUAAGUACGAAAAAAUCAAAUCCUUGAGUUUGUCCUCUGGUCUUUUUAGAGUUUCAGUCUUACUUCAAAUCUUCUACGAGACGAAAAACAACCAAAUGUUGACCCCAUUUUCCACUUUGCUCUGAAAUGUAUUUUUCAGCCUUUCCAAAGCACAUCGCGACCAAGCAGCAGUACAGAGUUCUUGGAAACAGUCUCAAUAUCGUGGUGGUGGCAAGACUCCUGCAGCUGAUGGUCUCCUAGUUCUGGGAGCUCGUAAAGAAGAACAUUGUAGUCCUGAUAAAAGAUCAUUUCUACAGGAUUUUGGACUUGAAAUUGCACGGACUAGUCAUUAUGGGACACCAGCUGAACACGAUUUUUACGGGGACCUUUGAACCCACAUUAUUGUAUUUUAUAGCAGACUUUGUUUUUUAUUUAUGAAAAUAAAAAAUCAGAUUUCAUGUCAAAUCUGUCAAUCCCAGGAAGGGAAAAAAACAGGGAGAAAGAAGGUUGGUGAAAUGAAUAAACUGCUAUUUUUACCGUCA